AUGAUGGGUUAUAGGAAAUUUGAUCUGUUCAUCUGGGUUUUAUCAGUCUUGUGUUUGAGAUGGUUGUGUAGUGGAUUUAAUCCUGCAGACAUUUACCUCAUAGACUGUGGAUCGCCUGCCAAUACUUCAGUGGGUAACCGUGUCUAUGUAGCAGAUAAUUUGGCUUCAAAAUUUCUUUCAACCCCAAAAGAUGUUGUUGCCAAUAUUUCUUUGAAAUCAAUCACUUCCUUUGAUGAUUCGCCGCUGUAUCAAACGGCAAGAAUCUUUACUGAAACCUCAAAGUACACCUUUUCCAUAAGCCAGAGUGGGAGACACUGGAUCCGCCUUUACUUCUAUCCAUUUGUUUUUGGUGGUUACGAUUUGAGCAAAGCGAAGUUCUCUGUUUCCACCCAAAACCAUGUUCUCCUUGGUGAUUUCAGUGUUCAAAACGCUUCUGUUGUCAAAGAAUUUUCAGUAAAUGUAACUUCAGAUAGCCUUGUUAUUACCUUCACCCCUUCCAACAAUUCAUUUGCAUUCUUAAAUGCCAUAGAAGUUGUUUCAGUCCCCGACCAACUGAUCAGUGAUGAUGCCGGCACUGGGUCAGUGAAAUUCCAGGGUUUGACGAGGCAGGCUUUGGAGACAUCUUGGAGGGUGAAUAUGGGUGGACCAACAGUGUCCUUUGAGAAUGAUACCCUGUGGAGAACUUGGGUUCCUGAUCAAAGUUUUCUAGUAAAUGAGAACCUUGCCAAAGAUUUCUCAAAUAUUGCAGCUGUUAACUAUGCUGAGAGUAUGGGAUUGGCAACCAAGGAUAUUGCUCCACAAACUGUCUAUGGAACCCUCACUGAGAUGAAAUCUGCGGGUGAUCCCAACAGCAAUUUCAAUGUGACCUGGGAGUUCACAGUGGAUCCACUGGCAGACCAGGGCCAUUCUAAGACAUGGCUUCCCUUUUCCAUUAAUGGAACCAAUUCUCACACCAUGGGAAGUAAAUACUCAUAUGGAACAACUGCUAGUGCUGCUUCUAACUAUAGCUAUCGUUUUCCUUUUGGGGUUGUACAAGAGGCUACAAAUAACUUUGAUGAGAGUUGGGUUAUUGGAAUCGGUGGUUUUGGGAAGGUAUACAAGGGAGUCUUAAAUGAUGGAAUUAAAGUGGCUGUGAAGAGGGGAAAUCCACGGUCUCAACAGGGACUUGCAGAGUUCAGGACUGAAAUUGAGAUGCUAUCUCAAUUCCGUCACCGCCAUCUUGUCUUAUUGAUUGGGUAUUGUGAUGACAAGAGUGAGAUGAUUCUGAUAUAUGAAUAUAUGGAGAACGGAACCCUGAAGAGUCAUCUCUAUGGCUCAGGUCACCCCAGCUUAAGUUGGAAGCAAAGGCUUGAAGUAUGCAUUGGAUCAGCUAGAGGACUUCACUACCUUCACACUGGCUAUGCAAAAGCAGUUAUUCAUCGUGACGUGAAAUCUGCAAAUAUCUUGCUUGAUGAAAACCUCAUGGCCAAGGUUGCUGAUUUUGGGCUUUCCAAGAUGGGGCCUGAAAUCGAUCAAUCCCAUGUCAGUACAGCAGUGAAAGGGAGUUUUGGAUACCUUGAUCCUGAAUAUUCUAGAAGGAAAAAACUGACAGAGAAAUCAGAUGUGUAUUCAUUUGGGGUGGUUUUGUUUGAGGUCCUUUGUGCAAGACCUGUUCUAGAUCCGUCCCUUCCAAUGGAAAUGAACUUGGCUGAAUGGGCAAUGGAAUGGCAGAAGAAGGGGCAGUUGGAGCAAAUAAUAGAUUCUACCCUUGCAGGAAAAAUCAGACCAGAUUCUCUCAGGAAAUUUGGAGAAACCGCCGAGAAAUGCUUGGCCGACUGUCGUGUUGACAGGCCCUCCAUGAGUGGUGUGUUGUGGAAUCUAGAGCAUGCCCUUCAACUUCAAGAGGCAGAAAUUCCGGGUGAUGCUGAAGAAAAUAGUACCAAUAUGAUUGGUGAGCUAUCCCCACAAGUCAAAUUUUUGUAAAUGACAUAAAUUAUAGUGAAAA